AUGAGAGCUAUUGGUCUGAGGAGAGGAAUAGCAAAUGCUAGAGACAAUCAAGUUCCACUCCAGGCUCUAGCUGAAGGAUUGGCUAUUCCAGUUAACCCUGCUGGGUUGACUGAUGCGGAGGUGCGAGCAUCUUUGGCCCAGAUGGCACAGGCCAUCACUAUGCAGGCCCAGGCCAUGAUUGCCCAGGUAAACCGACAGAAUGUUCAAAGGGAGAACCCACCGGUACGUAACAUGGCUGACAGGCUACGAGACUUAACAAGGAUGAAUCCUCCUAUUUUCACAGAGUACAGGAUUUCAGAGUAUCCCCAAGAAUUCAUGGAUGAGGGAGCUGAGGAUCUCAAGGAGGAGUGUAGGGCAGCUAUGCUGCAUGACAAUAUUUGCCUUUCUAGGAUUAUGGUCCAUGUCCAGCAAGUGGAGGAAAGCAGGAAGAGAAAGCACACUAAGGUAGGGAACAGGUCAAGUCAAGUUGUGGACAAAUUUUCAAGGAAGAGUAGUACUGAAAUCAGGGAUAAGACCAAGUUUAAGAAGGGACCCUUCCACCAAAGGGAGUCAAAUUCAUCCAAGGGUCGCUAUGAUAGGGAUUCCGGGUCCAGAGUUAAAAGAAACAAUGAAGUAGAUACACCUCAAGAGAGACCACCUUGCUGGAAGUAUGGAAAACUAAAUGGAGGAGAGUGUAUGAUGGACACUAACACUUGUUACAGUUGUGGAAAACUAGGUCACAUGGUGAAGGAUUGUCCGAACCAGAAAAGUCAAGAACAAGGGAAGGAGAGAACUCAUCUUAAUGGUUCAAGUGAAGAGGCUCCAAGGAGGCAACAAUUCUUUGCACUCAAGUAUAGAGGUGCAGGAGAAGGCACCUCUGGUGAAGUCUCAUGUGAGUAUCCUUAA